AUGCGGUUGUCUAUUGUUGCUACUUUCUGUGGUCUCAUUGCUCCCACUAUUGCUGCACCUCCAAAGGAUGUCAACAGCUCGCCUCCCCUCCAUCACGACACUGGAACUUAUCCUGGAUAUUCGGCCGGCUCUGCUUCUCCUGAGCUCAGUUUCUACAUGUGCUGCACCGCAAGCCCUGACUCCGCUGGCAUAGACAACUAUUAUCCCCCGUAUGGCUGCAUAUACGGACCCGCAACAGGGGCAUGCCCUCAGGGAGCCAGCUCCUCAUUCCCACAUGCGUGGCUUUGCACAUAUCAGUUUGGUGAAACCGGUAGCCUGGUAGGUGUUGUUCUGUAA